AAAUUUCUUCACUCCCGAUAUCGCAAAUGUGAUAUAUGUUUUAAUUCUUCGCGAUGCAGGCAGAUUGUUGGACUCGGAUCUUUCCUGAGAAAAUCAGAUUGGGUAUUCGAUAUUCGAUUAAAACAACAUAGGAAGGUAAAAGGAGAAGAAUGAAUUAUGGCACACACAGUUUGAUCAUAUUCGUGAUCGCUCUUGUAGAUGAAGCUCUCGAGCCUGAUAUCUUGGGGAAAAUAUUCCACGAGAUCGUUUACGCGAUCAUGUCCGAUCGCCAAAUUUGGAAAGAGAUGGUUCGAGUCAAGCGCGUACGAUCACAACGGAAUCCAGUUGACCCAGACAGUUAUCUUUGUUCAAGAAGGACCACGCAUACAGGAAGUUCCCUUGAUAGUAAAAAAGAUCACCGAUGUCAAGGCUCUCUUCGGCAAUAAGAGCAAAGGAACCGUCAAACCAUUGGCGGUGAAUAAAAGUACAAAUUCCUCGUUGACUCAUAAGGAGAAUAUGCCCAGUUUCAUCAGCACGGUGAUGAAGAACGAACCCGAAAAGCAAAGUAUCAGUAUAGAAACUGACGAUGGUACAGCGGUACUCCUUUGCGCCGACAUGGACCGUCUGAAAAACACAGAUAUGGAGCAGAUUGUAAACGCGAUAAACGCGGGCAACGCGAGCGACGGAAUCUACUCUUUGCUGGAGAGCAAGAUGGCUGACGAGAUGAAUUGCCGGAUAGCACUCCAAAGUCUGAGGAAGAUGAUUGAGCUGGAGAACGGUUGGUACAGAUAUCGAGGAGGAUCGUGGAACAGUCAACUAUCCGUGGAAACUAUCAAUAGAGACAUCGUGUUGCAUCAACUCGUGAAUUUGAUUGUCAAAAGUCGAGACAAUGAGAUGAUAAUACAGGGACUGAAGGCGCUAAAGAGGGACAAGUCUAGCUCUUCGAAAAAUAUCUACAAGGACCGGAUGUGCAACGAAGCGAUGAUUAGAGCCACUGAUGGGCAUUUCACGCUGCCGCAAUUAAUGAGAGUGAUGAAGAUCUUAGCUUCCUACAAGGAUCCCAAGUACAGGAGCUGCGUCGACGCAUUAUGGGUAGGCUUGGCGUGCAGAGAACGGGACAUCAAGCCGGAUCUGUUAGUGCCGCUGUUCAGGUCGCUCAAGUAUUUCCAUCGUAGCAGGAACAUGGUGCAGAUCAUCCUGGAGAAGAAAUUCUGUGAGCAGUGGUUGCAGAUGACCGGCUCGCAAGUGGCCAGCAUAUUGAACUGCCUUUACGGGAAGGAGUCCGCGAAGGGAUGCCUGUCGAGCGCCAGCAAGUGGGCGAAUGUGAGCAUGACUAUUUCCACCGCUGAGAAGGACCUCGUCAAUCUUAUCAGCAGUCUGCACACAAAGAAUUACGUUGACGAGAAUAUCGAACAAGCACUAGCGAGAUACGUAACAGCCAAAAGCACCGAGAUGAAGGAUUCCAACUUGAUCGCGUGCAUUAUGGAUUAUUGCAAGGAUCUAAAAGUUCGGAAUCCAUAUAUUCUCGCCGAGUGUGGGAAAUUUUUCAUGAGGCACGGCAUGGAGAUUUCGCCCUCCUUAUUGUCAUCCAUUCUCACACCGUUCGGUCUGUUGAACGUGCAACCGCCGGACCCGACCGAAUUCUGGAAAGUGUUCGACGAGGUGAUGUCUGCGAGAUUCUCGGACCUGAAGUUGAACGAUGCAUUGGAUAUUCUUCUCUCUUGCACGUACCUUGAGAAAUAUCCCCUUAAGUUUUUGGACAAAGUUUUCAGUUCGUAUCUUUUGGAUCGGCUGCAAAAUCACAGAGACGCGCCUGUCGUCAGUCGCCUGAAGACCAAGUUGAAACUGUUUGACGCAACCAUGUCACUGGAGUGUAAGGAUUAUCAGGGCAGUCCAGUGAAUUUAGGCAGAAAUACGAAAUCAUUAAAUUUGGACAUGAGAAUCAGGGGAAUUAUCAACAAGAUAUACAAACCAUUGGCGCAUCUGGUCGGCGGGGAGCACAAGCUGAGCAGAAGCGUGAUUUUAAGCAGACUGCCUCUGAUAAAUUUCUACAUCUUAGAUAUCAUGAUACAUCCUCUCCUAAAGUCAACGUCGGUCUUCAACUUAAAUUUACACAAAAAGCGAAACGUCAAUACCGCAAUUCUGAUCCAUUUGCCCGAGUAUUAUUGCUGGAAUACGCGGUUAUUGAUGGGACCGCAGGUAAUGAGGAACAGGCAAAUCAGAAAAAUGGGUUUUCGAGUUGCAUGCUUAGAUUACGCGAAACUGACGGAACUCGUAGAGCAGGAUGAUAAAUUGUCAUCUUAUCUAUCACAACGUCUCAAUGCUGCUGAGGAUGCUUUAUAAGCCGUUUUUACGAUAUGACAUUUAUGUACAUAAUAUUUAUGUACAUGUCCGCGGAGGAAACCGCAAUUAAAACCACGCUAUAAUUACUUGCAUGUUGCGUCAAUAACGAAACUAAGGUAUCAAUAAAUCUUACAUUGUAAUUACGUUUUUUUUUUCGUAUGAAUAAUGAAGCUAUAAAAUCAAAAGAGCUAACUACUGUAUCGUAAAUGGAAUAAACGUUUUUGUGUAAAAAAA